AUGUCCGCCCCACCCCAGUACAGCGACCAAGCACCCGCUUCUCCUCCUUCCUCCAAGGGCUCCAAGUCUAAAUACGGCGCCACCGCACCCAGCGAUGUCCCGUCCACCGCGCCCCUCCUCGCUCAAUCAUCCAUGGCGGCCGGAGCAAGCCGGAACGCCUGGAUGGACCAAGCAGCCGACGAUGACCUGCCUGAUGACUUCAAAGUCGGCGUCACCGUCAUUGACUGCGAUGUCGAGAUUCGCGUUGCCUUCAUCCGCAAGGUCUACUCGAUCCUCUUUGUCCAGCUCCUCGCUACGUCGCUUGUGGCGCUCGCCAUGAGUCUACCGGCGGCGAUCGAGUUUACGCACGCGAACCCAUGGACCAUGUGGGUUCCGAUGCUCGGGAGUCUGGUGGCGCUCUUUGGGGUGUACUGGAAGAGGCAUGAGCACCCGCUCAACCUCGUUCUUGUGGGGCUGUUCACGCUCCUGGAGGCGGUGAUGAUUGGGUCGGUGACGAGCUACUACGAGAGCAGAAUAGUCCUCCAAGCCCUCUUUAUUACUCUCGGGGUCUUUACAGGCCUGACCCUGUUUACUUUCCAAACCAAGUACGACUUCUCCUCCUUUGCACCCUUCCUCUUCGCGGGCAUCUGGGGCCUUAUCACCGCCUCCGUCGUUUCCAUCUUCCUCCCCUUCAACGCAAACUUUGACCUAGUUCUCGCCGGUGGUUCGGUCCUCCUCUUCUCCGCUUUCGUGCUCUACGACACCCAGCAGAUCAUGAAGCGUUUGUCGGUGGACGAGUACGUGCUGGGCGCGCUGAGUCUUUACCUCGACGCCAUCAACCUGUUCCUGAGCGUGCUUCGCGUUCUAAACAACACGAAUGACCGUUAA